AUAAGUGUCUACUGCGACAUGACCACGAUGGACGGUGGAUGGACGGCAAUUCAGAAACGCUUAGAUGGAUCCGUGACCUUUGACAGGAACUGGACGGAUUAUAAGAAUGGCUUUGGUUCACCAGAACAGAACGUCUGGAUUGGAAAUGACAUAAUCCAUCAAUUAACAAAAGAAAACUCAUCAUCCCUUUAUGUAUCAAUCACUCUCCAGAAUGGUACAACGCUCUAUGAAAUGUACGACAGAUUCUCUAUCUCCAAAGAAGCAGGAAAAUAUCAACUCUUUCUUGCAGGACCCGCCAAUGGAACAUUAGGAGACUCCAUGUUAGAUACAGGUAAUCCUUUCCUAGAUCUGUCUGGGAUGUACUUUAGUACCCCAAACAGAGACAAUGACAGAUUUAGUGAUGGUCACUGUGCUGCUGACAGUUACCGUAGAGGAGGCUGGUGGUUUAACUGGUGUACCUAUGCCUUCCUUAACGGUCAGUGGUCCCCAGAGUCCUGGUACAACCCAUGGUAUCCUACAGUGAAUGAUAGUACACAGAUAAAAGAAACUCUCAUGAUGAUCAGGCGUCGCUAGACGAAAGAUCAUCCAUGGAUUACGGAAACCCUCAAGAGACGAUUUUAAAUCAUUUUUUAUCGCUGAGUUCUUUUUUUAAACAUUUAACAUCAAGUAACAAACUGUAAAAGAAGGGGGAUUGAACUGCACUGUAAAGCGAUA